AAUUAUAACAUCCUAGUCCUUUUAAUUUAUCUAUAAAUUCAAGGUUUUGAUAAGCAUGAUAUGAUCAUAUGAUAAUUCCAUUGGUUCAUUUGUGCUUCAUAAUGAAAUUCAUGGCACCAAUUGAGAUGUCACUUGUGUCUUUGAUUGUGCUUAUUUUAUGUACUAGUGCCCCAAUAUCUGCCACAAAUUUUUUUGAUUGUCCUGCCAUAUUUAACUUUGGUGCUUCAAACGCUGAUACUGGUGGUUUGGCUGCUGCCUUUCAAGCACUUCAGUUGCCAAAUGGAGAGACUUUUUUCAAUAGAUCAACUGGAAGAUUUUCUGAUGGACGAAUCAUUAUUGAUUUCAUAGCACAGAGCUUUGGACUUCCCUUUCUUAGUCCAUACCUUAAUUCUCUCGGACCCAACUUCACACAUGGUGUAAACUUUGCAACAGCAGCGUCAACAAUCAAAAUUCCUAAUAGUAUUAUACCUAAUGGAAUGUUCAGUCCAUUUUACCUUCGAAUUCAGUACAUUCAAUUCAGAGAUUUCAUACCCAGAACAAAAUUCAUUAGGGAUCAAGGAGGAGUUUUUGCAACGUUGAUCCCCAAAGAAGAAUAUUUUUCCAAAGCCUUGUACACAUUUGAUAUUGGUCAAAAUGAUCUUACUGGUGGUUUUUUUGGUAAUGUGACUAUACAACAAGUCAAUGCUACUAUACCCGAUAUAGUAAACAAUUUCAUAGUGAAUAUCAAGAACAUACACAGUUUAGGGGCCAGAUCAUUUUGGAUACACAACACAGGGCCAAUUGGUUGUCUUCCUUUAAUUUUGGCUAAUUUUCCAUCAGCUAUAAAGGAUAGCUAUGGUUGUGCAAAGCAAUACAAUGAAGUAUCUCAAUAUUUCAAUUUAAAGUUGAAGGAAGCAUUAGCUCAACUUCGUGUCGAUCUUCCUCUUGCUGCAAUCACAUAUGUUGAUGUCUACUCUCCUAAGUACUCUCUUUUUCAAAAUCCAAAAAAAUACGGGUUUGAGCUUCCACUAGUGGCAUGUUGUGGCUAUGGAGGGGAGUACAACUAUGACAAUCGUGCUAGAUGUGGAGAAACCAUAAAUAUAAAUGGUACAAGAAUUUUUGUGGGUUCGUGCAAAAGUCCAUCUACUAGAAUAAUAUGGGAUGGAACCCAUUACACAGAGGCAGCUAAUAAGAUUGUCUUUGAUCAAAUCUCUACUGGAGCUUUCACAGAUCCUCCCAUUCCUCUAAAUAGGGCAUGUUACAGAAAGUUAACUUGAAGUUAAUGAGUUUUCUAUAUUAAAAUAAGGUGAACCCUGGCACCAAUUACAAAAUAAAUACUAUAUUUAGUAUAUGGUAAAAAUGAAUAAAUUUCUUUAUAUUAGAAAA